UAAACACGACACAGUCAUAAUUUUUGUUACACUGGUUUAUUAGUGCGGCCACUGUGAUGGAAGUGAUGAACUCAUGUCGCUGCUGCCUGCGUUGCCCUCCGGACAAGGACCUGGCGACGUCGUACACACAUCUCGGCAAAACAGAGAUAUAUUCACACAUGCUUAAGGAGUGCUUUGAUCUACAUUUAUCAGUUGAUGGAGACGUCUCAUGUGGGAUCUGCUUGACAUGUGUGGGCCGCCUGCGAGACGCUAGCGACUUCAAGGUGCAAGUGCAGCGCAGCCAGGCGGAGCUGGAGGCAGCACUGCUUGCCAAAGUGGAGCCCGUGAUUAAGAUUGAGGUGGCUGAUGAGCGGACGGGUGAUGAGUCUGCGUUUGUCAUGUUAUAUGAAGUGCCCGCAGAGAGGGCAGAGCUGGCUGGAGAGGAUGAGCCAGAUAAUGUUUUACGUGAUGCCCCCGCCAAUCGAGCAAAACAAUUACCUUUUUCAGAUGAAGACCCUCUGGUUAAGUCUGAGACGCCUAAUGAUCCGAGUGCCGACGACUCGCCACAGUCGGCCGUCGCGACUUCUUCCAGUGGAGAGAAACUAUACACCUGUGGAGAAUGCAACAAGAAUUUCAGAAAAAAGCUUAUUUUAAGAAAACACAUACAAGACACGCACCUAUCUUCCGGAUUUUCAUUAGAUUCAACAAACCAACAAUUAAGUGAUACUUCCAGUUCCAAAAAGAUUAGAUUGAACAAGAAAGGCGAACAGGUCACAGAAUUAAAGUGUACUCAAUGUGAUUAUAGGACAAUUUCUAAGAGAAAUUUUAAUAGACAUAAGAACUAUCACUUUGACGAGGAACAAUUAAAUUGCAAACAGUGCGACUAUGUCGCUCGUUAUAAAGGUCAUCUGCGUCUACAUCAGGUGAUACAUUCUAGAUCAUCCUAUACGUGCGAAUGCGGCUUUAAAUGUAGAUGGGAAUCAGAGUUGCGACGUCACAAAUGGGUACACACUGGGGAGAAACCAUACAGUUGCAAAUACUGUGAUUACAAAUGCCGUCAGAUGACAAACUUGCGAACGCACGAGAGGGUACACACGACUGGCAAGCCUUUUAAAUGCGAUCGUAGCGAUUGCGAGUACGCGUCUCGAUAUAAACAGGCUUUAGUAAGACAUUAUAGGACGAAACAUAGGGAGGAUUUGCCUUAGGCAAUGGGUGGCUCAACUUUUAUGUGUUGUUAUUCUGCCUGUCCGCCAAAGGACAAUAGUGACACAAUUUGUUAGUAGAAUAUGUUGUAUCAAGUGUUUAACAUGCUCAAUAAAAUACCCAUCAUGGAA